AUGAGUGCCAAUAACAAUGAACAAAUGGAUCUUGAAGGAAAUGCUGCAAGUAAUACUGUCGAAUCGACAACAAGUUCAAAAGCCGAGACAAGCGCAACAUCGGAAUUGAAAUUAUCGAUAAAAACACCCAAAGAUAAGAAAGAUGUGUCAAUUGAUGGAUCUGCAACUGUGAAACAGUUAAAAGACGUCGUGGCCAAUGAGUUUAGCACAUCCAUUGAUCAAAUCUGUUUGAUUUACUCCGGUAAAAUCUUGAAAGACGACGAAGAUUUAAAAAAACAUGAUAUUAAAGAUGGUGUUACUAUUCAUUUGGUUAUUCGCGCACCUAAAAAUGGUACAAGUGCACCGGCUAGUUCAACAGCCACGGCAACACCUGCGGGUAACGCUCAAGCGUCCGCAACGCAACCGAAUGCACCACUACCCAAUCUAGGAGGAUUUCCGUUCGGUGCAGCACCCGGCAUGGGAAAUUUAAAUUUUGCUAAUACAAAUUUUCUUGAUAUGCAACAACAACUUCAGCAACAGAUUAUGAGUAAUCCAGCUCAGCUUCGUCAAUUAAUGGACAGUCCGAUGGUGCAAAGUAUAACAAGCAAUCCAGAUCUACUCCGUUCGUUGUUACUUAGCAAUCCACAAAUGCGUGAUUUAAUGGAGCGUAAUCCGGAAAUUUCACAUCUGAUGAACAAUCCUGAUUUACUUCGGCAAACAAUGGAAUAUGCUCGAAACCCCUCAGCAUUGCAAGAAUUAAUGCGUAAUCAUGAUCGGGCUUUAAGCAAUCUUGAAAGUAUUCCGGGAGGAUUCAAUGCUCUACAACGUAUCUAUCAUGAUGUUCAAGAACCAAUGUAUUCCGCAGCGCAAGAACAAUUCGGAAACAACCCAUUUGCCCAAGUAUUCACCGGAAAUGAAGCGUCCACAGCAUCUCGGACAGAAAACACUGGCCCAUUGCCAAAUCCUUGGGCGCCUCGCGGUACUGGUGCACCAGCAGCACCCAAUAAUCAACAACCAUCAACUGGUUCAACUAAUAAUAGUCAACAACAACAACAACAACAACAGCAGCAACAGCAACAGCAACCGUCGGCAUCGGCUAUUCCAACUGGCGCUGCUGGUAGCUCACCCGGUUUAAUUUCACCAAUGAUGCAAAAUUAUAUGUCACAAUUAGUUCAAAACCCUCGUUUGCUUGAAAGUGUUCUCAACGCGCCAUAUAUGCAGCCAUUGAUGGAUUCACUUGCUGCCAAUCCAGAUAUAUCGAGACAAAUGGUUGAAAACAAUCCAAUGUUCACGAAUAAUCCUGAAUUACGCGAACAAAUGGUUAAUGCAUUGCCAGCAAUGAUGGAACAAAUGCGAAACCCGGAGGUACAAGCUUUAAUGCAAAAUCGUGAAGCACUUGAAGCAAUUACACAAGUGCAAGAAGGACUUCAACGCUUACAUACAGCAGCACCUAAUCUUUUUCAAGCUGGUGGUUUACCAGCCGCACUUCGAUUUGGUCCAACAGGUUUGGCUUCACCAGCUGCUCCCGGUAGUACAAACAAUCCAACAUCGCAACCUUCGACCGGGCAAACACCAUCAUCAGCAGCAGGUGCCACUCGACCCGCACCAUCCCCAGCUGAUCCAAGCAACUAUGCAGGUGUAUUUGCCCAAAUGUUAAAUAUGAUGUCUAAUCAAAAUAUCAAUACUCCACCGGAUCAACGCUACGCUGUUCAAUUAGAACAACUUGUUUCCAUGGGUUUUACCAACCGAGAGGCAAAUCUACAAGCAUUAACGGCAACGAUGGGAGAUGUAAAUGCAGCGGUCGAACGGCUUCUUGGCCAAUUCUAA